UACCUGUUGUUCAGAGAUCUCCAGCAGAAAAAGUGGCAAAAAAAAUCCAAUUGAGAAUAAGUGAAUUAUUUAAAAGAACCCGAGACUGCUACUAUAGAUUGGCAGAAAAAAGCACAGAUGAG